AUGGACCAUCUACAAAGCAGAAUGGAAGAUGAUGAACAAGUGAAAAUGAAGUCCUUCAGGUACAUUAAUAUAGAAGCUCAUAGUCAAACAGAAAAGCGGAGGAGAGAUAAAAUGAAUAACUUAAUCGAAGAGCUAUCUGCUAUGAUCCCUCAGUGCAAUCCCAUGGCCCGUAAGCUGGACAAACUUACCGUAUUGAGAAUGGCUGUACAGCAUUUGAAGUCCUUAAAAGGCUCUACCGGUUCUUAUGCAGGAGAUAAUUACAAGCCUACAUUUAUACAGGAUGAUGAGCUGAGACAUUUAAUCCUCAAGAUUGCAGAUGGGUUCCUAUUUGUUGUUGGAUGUGAUCGAGGAAAAAUUCUGUUUGUCUCUAAAUCAGUCUCCAAAACUCUUAAUUAUGAUCAGGCAAGUUUGACUGGACAAAGCUUAUUUGACUACUUACAUCCAAAAGAUGUUGCCAAAGUAAAGGAGCAGCUUUCUUCUUCUGAUAUUUCGCCAAGAGAGAAGCUGAUGGAUGCCAAAACUGGCUUUCAAGUCCAAGCAAAUUUCCCUGCUGGAACAACUCAUCUGUAUUCUGGUGCAAGACGGUCCUUUUUUUGUCGGAUAAAGUCUUAUAGAUCAUCAAUCAAAGAAGAACAGGAAUGCUUACCCAACUCAAAGAAGAAAGAUCACAGGAAGUUCUGUACUGUUCACUGCAUGGGUUAUUUGAGGAGUUGGCCGCUGAGUGUAGUGGGACUGGAAGAAGAGAACGACAGCCAGAAAACCAGCAGUCACUUCAACUGCCUUGUGGCCAUUGGAAGAUUACAUCCAUACAUUAUCCCCCAGAACAGCGGGGAAAUUAAAGUCAAACCAACAGAAUUUGUUACCCGCUUUGCCACAAAUGGAAAGUUUGUCUAUGUGGAUCAACGGGCAACAGCAAUUUUAGGCUAUCUUCCACAAGAACUUUUGGGAACUUCUUGUUAUGAAUACUUCCAUCAAGAUGAUCACAGUAAUCUAACCAACAAACACAAAGCAGUCCUGCAGAGUAAGGAGAAAAUCUUUACUGAUUCCUACAAGUUCAAAGCAAAAGAUGGCUCAUUUAUAACUUUAAAAAGCCAGUGGUUUAGUUUCAUAAACCCUUGGACCAAAGAACUGGAAUACAUUGUAUCCAUCAACACAUUAGUUCUGGGAUGUAGAGAGUCCAGAGGAACAUCAUUGCUCACUUGUAGCUCACAGUCAUCAGAAGAUGCUUCCAGACAGUCUUUUAUUAGUGUGCCUGGGAUGUCUACAGGAACAGUCCUUGGUGCUGGUAGUAUAGGAACAGAGAUUGAAAAUGAAGUUCUCAACUUACAGAGAUUACAUUCUUCUCCAAGUCUUGCUGAUUCAAAUCCAACAAACAUCAGAGAUUCUCCAGCAGUGAACUGCAGUAAUGUGCCAAACAAAGAGGUGAUUCAGUUAUGUUCUUCUGAAAUAGGAAACCAUGAGCCUUCGGGGCAAAGCCUUGGCAUUAUUUCUUUCUCCAGCAAUGAACCACUGCUCAGUGACAACACGCAGCUGGAUUUUGAUGCAAUGUGUGAAAAUGAUGACACUGCCAUGGCUGCCUUCAUGAAUUAUUUAGAAGCAGAAGGAGGUCUGGGGGAUCCAGCUGACUUUAGUGACAUCCAGUGGACACUCUAGCUCUCGUCUUUCUCUACAAACGAGUAGUGUAUAAAAGUGUUUCACAUACAGCUGUAUAUUCCUCAGUACUGUGUUC